AUGUCCUUCAUCACCUUCUCCUCCUCCCCUGAUUCUGCCUCUGCUUCCACUCCCUCCCCUCCCGAGCCUAUCAUCAAGAGCACCGCCGACCCUUCGUCGACCAGGCCUGGAUAUAUUUGUGGGCUCUGUGGUAAUGAGUUUGUGACGAUCCAUGAUCACAAUCGUCAUUGGGAGGGCGUCCAUUCUGGGCUGCCUAAGAAGUACGCCUGCUCAUAUCCGGGUUGUACUCAUAGGACGCGUCAACAUAGCAAUCUCAAGAUCCACAUGUACAGACAUCUCAGCCCCGAAGAGAAAGACAAAGUCACAGUGUACUGUCCUGAAGAAGGCUGCACCAGGACAUGGAUCGAUCCCGCCGCAGGCUGUCGUCAUUUGAAGAACGCACACGGCUACAAACCCCAUCAUCGUCCUGAUUUCGUCUCUCGUGCGCACCCGAAGUCUUCCGUUCCCUCGUCUUCGAAGCCGAAGCCGAAGACUAAGUCCGCAGGGGUGAAGAAGCGGACGACCAAGAAAGAGGUUCAAAGCCCGACGAUCAAGAAAGAAGAGUUGACGCCGAAGCAAAUGCAGACGCAAACACAUAUGCAAACGUUCCAAGACGAGAACCAGGAGGCGAUGGAUGCUGCGACUUGGACGGCGCAGGCGUGUCGGGAACUCGCUCAAUUCCUUUUGUCGUGUUCUCAGUCCGAGCCAUCCACUCCCUCCGCCUCUUCUCCCGCCUCACCAUCGUAUUCGUCGUUGUCUGCGUCCGCUCUCACGCCCGAGUCUUCCCUCUACUCUACGCCGAAGCACUCGCCAUCUGGCUCUUCUCCCUCUUCUGCGUCUCCUCCACUUCGCACACCGUCGCCAUGGGAGAACCUUGUCCUCACCUACCCUGAUGACGAAGAACUCUACAUCGCCAAUCAACGCGAGCUUACGCUCCAUGAGCCUGUUCCUCAAUACCCCCAACAACAACAAUACCAGUAUCAGGAUGCCUCUGUGGCGCAGUGUGGCGAGCUCGACGCUGAUAGCAUCUUGGAAUUCUUCUCUUCUGUCAUCGAGUAUCAGCGCUGCCUGCCCUCCCUCGAUGCGAGCAUGAACGCCGAUACGGCCAUGACCUUCGACAUCGAUAUGGAUGGGACGACCGACCCUGCGCUAUUCAAUGCUGGUUACGAUGCGUCGAGUCCUGAGGUUAUUGGGUUGUAUUAG